UUCGGCCCCCCACUCGAUAUUAUCUCCUACGUCUCGUCCGCGUUACAAUGACAGUCUAUUACAGCUACCACCAACCCUUCGGAUUUUUAGUUUGGCAGCUAAUCACAUUCCUCUUCGGCCUCACUGCAAUGAUAGCACGGUACCAGUAUGACUAUCGUGGACAUGUCCUCUGGUUUCUGUUCUUGACGACUUCCAACCUCACUAUACUUUUGGACCCGACUCUCUGCGCUCUCCGGACCAACAUGAAGCUCCCUGACGGCUCUGAAGUGAGAGUAAAAAAGCCUCUCAUUACCUUUAGAAUUUGCGAGAAGCAAACUACGGUCUUUCCGGGCGCCCUUGGCGAGGGUCUCCCUGAAGAAUGGCAGUAUGGCAAGGCGUACCUGAGAAUUUAAAGAGUCUGUUCCUUUUUUUUCUUCCCGUUUCUCGAAAAUAUCGGGGAUUGGAAUUUAUCUGUAUCUAUAAAUUCUGUUUUACUUGCUUGGAAGAAUAUACAACAGAAAAGACGAUUGAUGAGAAACGACCGAUAUGAAUACUUCAACUGCGUACCCCGGUCCAGCA